AUGGAUGGCGCAGGUGGCCAGGGCCAUGGCAGGCACAGGCGGCCAAGCCAGACCACAGCUCAGCCUGCCCUCGCUUCCCCUCCAGGCCUCCUCCUUGUGGCCACCCUAGUCCUCCUGGACCACCUCAGCUUGGCCAGGAACCUCCCCACGACCACACCAGGCCCAGGAACGUUCCAGUGCCUUCGCCAUUCCCAAACCCUGCUGAGAGCUGUCAGCACCACGCUUCAGAAGGCUAGACAAACCCUAGAAUUUUACCCCUGCACUUCUGAAGAGAUUGAUCAUGAAGAUAUCACAAAAGAUAAAACCAGCACAGUGAGGGCCUGUUUACCACUAGAAUUAACCAAGAAUGAGAGUUGCCUGGCUUCCAGAGAGACCUCUUUUAUGAUGACCCAGUGCCUUAGUAGUAUCUAUGAGGACUUGAAGAUGUACCAGCUGGAGUUCAGGGCCAUGAAUGAAAAGCUUUUGAUGGAUCCUAAGAGGCAGAUCCUUCUAGAUCAAAACAUGCUGGCACUUAUUGACAAGCUCAUGCAGGCCCUGAAUUUCAACAGUGAGACUGUGCCACAAAAAUCCUCCCUUGAAGAACUGGAUUUUUAUAAAACUAAAAUCAAGCUCUGCAUACUUCUUCAUGCUUUCAGAAUCCGUGUGGUGACUAUAGAUAGAGUGAUGAGCUAUCUGAAUUCUUCCUAAAAAGCUGAGGUCCUUCCCAAUCUUAAAGUCGUUUUGAUAACAAUUUGAAAGGCAGAAAUUCCAAUAGGUUGUAGGUUAAGAGCUGGGGAGGGGGAGGCUUGACCUGGUCCUACCUCAGCUCAUACAAGAGUUCUCAUGCUUAUAUUUACAUUAGUUGCAUCACAUAAAACUUGAA